AUGGCAAGGCGCCAUUCCAGUCUGAAAUGGCUUAUAAAUCAUUUUCUUCCGAUCCUCUUGGUCCAAAUUUGUCUAGCCGAAAAGCCUUACAGUGUGGAGCUAAAUACCUUUGGAAAGGACCAAUCCAUCAAUAAUCAGGAGAAUUGGGUGGACUGGGGAUCGCUGAGGAUGAAAAAGAUCGGGCGGAACCAAUUUGUCGUUGCUGGUGACUUUGAAUUCAAACUCAAUAUGGGUGACCAGCAGAAGAUUACUCUCAGGGUUUUCGUAUACGACUCGUAUGCCAGGCAAAAGGGACUCAUGGUGAUGAAUGUGAACAAGCCCUUCUGCCAGUUCAUCAAGGAGGACAAGGACACCUAUCCGCACAUACAGAAGGUCUCCAAUUUGCCGGAGCCGGAAACAUGUCCUUUUCCGAAGGGCAAGUACUCGAUCGAUAAAUACGAGAUGGAGACCAAUUUCCUGCCGGACGACGCUCCCAAGGGGGAUUAUCUGCUAGAGUUAUCCUUGCAGGAUCGUGGAAUCCCGGUGGCUGGAAUUGUGGCCACUGUCACCCUGACUUAAGGACACUUGCUUUCCUUUUUCUUGUAGUGGCAUUUUUUAAAUAGUGGUGUUCUAUAUUUCCCGGGUGGAUCCAUUUGACACGACAAGCGUUCUUCUUUUCGAAUUUAUUUUACCUUUAACAUCAAUACAACAACUUCGCUUUCAAAGAC